CUUCCCGCCUUUCCGGUCAGUUGCCGGUGACACCUGAGGGCGGAGGGAACGCUACAGCGGCCGGAUGGCUUCCUUUCAAAGAUCUAACAGUCAUGACAAGGUCCGAAAGAUUGUGGCCGAAGAAGGGCGUACUGCUAGAAACCUGAUAGCCUGGAGUGUCCCUCUGGAGAGCAAAGAAAAUGAAGGGAAAGCCAAGUGGCCAUGUGGAAAACCUAAGCGAGGAACCCAUGGAGCGCACAAACCUCCUAAACCGAAUAGCUCCUUGCACCUCAAAUUGAACGUUAACUCUGCAAAUGACAAACAUCAAGACAAAAGCCCCUCCAAAACUAGGCUUCCUCGGAAAGUGGAUCUUCGGGCUCGGUAUUGGGCGUUUCUCUUUGACAAUCUCCGGAGAGCUGUGGAUGAAAUCUAUGUGACUUGUGAAUCAGACCAGAGUGUGGUUGAAUGCAAGGAAGUAUUAAUGAUGCUUGAUAACUACGUGCGAGAUUUUAAGGCACUUAUUGACUGGAUCCAGCUACAGGAAAAGUUGGAGAAAACAGAUGCACAGAGCAGACCUACCUCUUUGGCGUGGGAAGUGAAGAAAAUGUCACCUGGACGUCAUGUCUUGCCUAGUCCUUCACCAUCUGGAGUGAGUUCCACUUCAAGUGCCAGGAGGGCUCUCAAUUUUGGAGGACCUACACUCUCCUUGACUCCUGGCCGAUUGACUCCUUCUGGUGUCAGUUGGGCUGAUAAAGUGAAAGCAAAUCAUGGAGUUUCCGCAAGUAAUCAGGCCACAGAGAUUGUCCAUCCAUGUACAUCAGCCCCCAUGCAGAGAGCACUCCAUGAGAAUGAUCGGAUUGAUACUGAAGGAUGGGAGACUGUGCAGCGUGGCAGGCCUAUUCGUUCCAGAUCUUCUGCUACGACAACCAAGUCUGAUUCUACUUCAGCUACAGAACAUAAACUUAAAGAUGACAGUGACAAGGAAAAUGUCUGUUCCAAACCUCCAAUCCAGGCUCCCGAAGAGACAGCAAAAUCAGAACUCCCUCCUGUACUUGUUGAACCUCCCCCUAAGGAGCUGCUUUGUCCGUGUGAAAUCACUCAGUUCACAGUCCACAAGGCUUUAGAGUUGAAGAGCACAGGAACAUUUGCACCACAAUCAGCUCCAUCCCUGCCCUGUCUGGACAUCCCUGUCGUGUUUCUCGACCCAUUGUCGAAGCUGCGAAAAUCUGAGGUCUCUUGCAAGUUGGACCCUGCCCGGGGAGGGAAGAGCAGUAGUGAUCUGGACCUUUCAAACGUGAGUGCUGGAAAAUUGUCUAUGGCAGAGGUUCUUGCCAAAAAAGAAGAACUUGCUGAUCGUCUGGAGAAAGCUAAUGAAGAGGCCAUAGCCAGUGCUAUCGCAGAAGAGGAGCAACUAACGAGAGAGAUUGAGGCGGAAGAAAACGACAUUGAAAUAGACAAUGAAAGCGAGUUCUCGGCUAGUGUGGGCAGUGGAAGUUUGUCAUUUAGUGGCAUGUCCAUGGACUGGAAUGAGGUUUUAGCAGAUUACGAAGCACGUGAGUCUUGGAGACAGAACACAUCCUGGGGAGACAUAGUAGAAGAGGAACCCUCUAGACCACCAGGUCAUGGAAUCCAUAUGCAUGAAAAGUUGUCUUCACCUUCCAGAAAAAGGACAAUCGCGGAAUCCAAAAAGAAGCACGAAGAGAAACAGCUAAAAGCACAACAGUUGAGAGAGAAGUUGCGGGAAGAGAAAUCCCUCAAGCUUCAGAAACUUUUGGAAAGGGAAAAAGAUGUGCGAAAAUGGAAGGAGGAAUUACUUGAGCAGAGGCGCAAAAUGAUGGAUGAGAAGCUUCUUCAUGCAGAAUUUAAGCGGGAGGUUCAGUUACAAGCCAUUGUGAAGAAGGCUCAAGAGGAGGAGGCCAAGGUAAAUGAGAUUGCCUUUAUUAAUACCUUAGAAGCUCAAAACAAGCGCCAUGAUGUCCUAGCUAAGCUAAAGGAAUAUGAACAAAGGCUCAACGAGCUGCAGGAAGAACGGCAGCGUCGUCAGGAGGAGAAGCAAGCUCGCGAUGAAGCUGUGCAGGAACGCAAGCGAGUGCUAGAAGCAGAGCGCCAGGCUCGUGUUGAGGAACUGUUAAUGAAGAGGAAAGGGCAAGAAGCUCGAAUAGAGAUGCAAAGACAAGAAAAGGAGCGAGCUCGAGAGGAUGCAGCUAGGGAAAGGGCCAGGGACAGAGAAGAAAGGUUGGCCGCUCUGACAGCAGCACAGCAAGAGGCUAUGGAAGAGCUGCAAAAGAAGAUCCAGCUCAAGCAUGAUGAAGGUGUUCGCAGACACUUGGAACAGAUUGAACAACGGAAAGAAAAAGCAGCGGAAUUGAGCAGUGGAAGACAUGCAAACACAGACUAUGCACCUAAACUUACCCCCUUUGAACGGAAGAAGCAGUGCACUCUUUGUGGAGUAAUGAUUUCUUCUGAGGUUUAUCUCUUCAGCCAUAUUAAAGGAAAGAGACACCAAUUAACUGUGCGGGAAAACAGCAGCAUCCAGGGCCGGGAAUUAUCAGACGAAGAGGUGGAGCAUCUUUCUCUGAAAAAAUACAUUGUGGAGGUUUUGGUUGAGACCCCUGUUCCUGUAGAACCUGUAAAGGAUGGCGAAGAAAAGCAAAAAAAUAAAAAGAAAGUUAAAAAGUUGAAGACCCGGAUCAACUCAAAAAUAAAAGAAUAUGAGAGUGUCCUGGAAACAAAAGCGCCGGUGUCUGAUUCUCCUUACAAAGCAAAGCUUCAACGACUUACCAAAGAUCUUCAGAAACAAUUGCAAACACAAGACAAUGGAGCCUGGGCCACCAAUAAAGUGUCUGCUCUUGACAGGGCUUUGGGGGAAAUUUCUCGAAUUCUAGAAAAGCAGAAUGCAUCUGACCAGAUCUCAUUUCGGGCUGCGGGUGGUCUUUCAGUCGUGGAACAGAUCCUGCAGUUGGUGACACCUCAAAGUAACGCCAGCACAUCUUCCCGUGUCCUUUUCAAGUCUGUCUGCAGUGCUGUGAAUGUCUACAUGUUAACCUGCAGUAACUGUCCAGAGAACUGCACCUAUGUCCUCAUGAGCAGUAAAAUCACUUUCCUUCUUGAGCUCCUUAUACAGCAGUUAUCGCUGGUUGUCCCAGAUGAUGAAAAGCUGACUAUCAUAAGGAGCCUCAGCAAGCAGGUCUUUGAAGGUUUGACCACAGGACUCCUCCAGCUCCUUUCUAAAAUAUUUUCAUGCCUAACAAACAGUUCUCCAGUCAUAAGUGGACAGACAGACACCAUAAAACUCAAACCGGAUGCCAAAACAAAGUUGUCUCCAGUGGAUGCCUUCAAUAGCCGCAUCCAAGAUAUCAUCAGUUAUACAAUUAAUAUUGGUCUGAUUGACAAGCUAUCUGGCUGCUUCAUCUCUAUACAAGGUCCUCUAGACGAGAGUCCCAAAUUGGCAGCAUUCCUCCAAGCAGCGACUACCCUUCUGCAUGAACUGUGCAGACUUAGCAUUUCCGUAACUCCAAGCACUUGGGACAUAUUUGAAAGCCAUCAGGAUCCCACAGGCCUGUCAGCGGCCCUACAAAGCUCAGAUCUUGUGGGAGUUGUACAUAUGUUGUAUUGUGCACUGUUCCACAAUUCCUCCUCUGAACCCAAUGUUUCCAGCUCAAAAGAGACCUAUGAGCACAAUACCAUUCAAGUGGCAGUCCAAAGCCUGCGGUUCCUGAACAGUUUUGCUACACUUCAUCUUCAGUCAUUUCAGUCUGUUGUAGGUGCAGAGGGCCUUUCUCUUGCAUUUCGACAUGUGAUCAGUUACCUGAUUUGGUUUUGCACCCAAUACAUGUGUGAAGAUCUUCUUCAUGAGAUCAUUGUUUGUGUCGGGUACUUCACGGUGAAUCAUGCUGACAAUCAGGUCAUUGUCCAGUCUGGUCGUCACCCCACUGUUCUUCAGAAACUCUGCCAGCUCCCCUUUCAGUAUUUUAGUGACUCCCGGCUGGUCCGGCUUCUAUUUCCCACACUGAUCUCCGCCUGCUACAACAACCCUCAGAACAGACUGAUUCUGGAACAGGAGUUAAGCUGUCAACUGCUCGCCACUUUUAUUCAGGACUGUUUGCAAGGAUCAAGUCAUCCCGACAGCAAGACGUCUCUGCACAAAGAUUAUCGAAAGCAAUAUCUGGAACUCUCCUGCCGCUUUCCACGUCAUUGCUGGGAGCCCUCACAACAAUUUUUCUUGAAAAAAAGACUAAGUUUAUAAUAGCCAUUUCUAUUAAGCAUUUUAAUAUGGAAGAAGUGCUUAUGGAUCUUGGCCCCUCAUAAUGUACAUAGGAUUGUGAUUACCCUGAAAUGAUGUGCUGUGUGUAAAAAUACCUCCAUACGUUUAAUGUGCACUAUUUAUGUGUCCAGUGUAUAGAUACUGUGUGGUGUGAGAUUUUGCCUGCAUGGUAGGCUUAACUUGGCCAAUCCAUUUUUUUAUUCACUGCUCACUACCAAAGGAUUCUCAUCUUGAAUUGUGUUUAGCUGUGGAUCCUUUGGCAGUGACCAUAACUGUAUUAAAGUUAAUAUGUAUGUUAUAUAUACAGUAUAUAUAUCUUGCAAUAAAAUAACUUAUUUUCUU